AUGGGAAAGAAGAAGAAGGGAGCCAUUUCCCGCCUUCCAGUUCUCUUCUACUGCAUCUCGUCUCUUCCAUAGACAAAGCUUCAAAUAUUUUGUUCAUUUUGAAAAUUUCCCACAAACUACUCUCUGAAAAUCCACACCACUAGGGUUCUCCCAACCCAAUUCACUAUAACCCUUCUAACAAUCUCUGUUAGGGCUUAGGGGUUAUUCAAAAUACACCAAAAUCACUCGUUGUCUUCUUCGAAUUUCAGUUUAAUUUGAGUAUUGAGCUUCUGUCGCCUCCAUUUGUAGCUUUUCCAGCAGUUGGGAACCAUGCACAUCAAGGAAAUCUGUCUGGAGGGGUUCAAAUCCUACGCGACCAGGACCGUUGUUCCGGGUUUCGAUCCUCAUUUCAAUGCAAUUACUGGCCUCAACGGUUCUGGAAAGUCCAAUAUUCUAGAUUCCAUUUGCUUUGUUCUGGGAAUUACCAAUUUGCAGCAGGUUCGAGCUUCGAAUCUUCAAGAGCUAGUCUACAAGCAGGGGCAAGCGGGUAUUACCAAGGCAACUGUGUCUAUUGUGUUCGAUAAUUCUGAGAGGAAUCGGAGUCCACUUGGGUAUGAGGAACAUCAGGAGAUUACAGUCACGAGACAGAUUGUCGUUGGAGGGAGGAACAAGUAUUUGAUCAAUGGGAAGCUGGCGCAGCCUAGUCAAGUUCAAAAUCUUUUCCACUCAGUGCAGCUUAAUGUUAAUAAUCCACACUUUUUGAUUAUGCAAGGCCGCAUCACCAAAGUUUUAAAUAUGAAACCACCAGAAAUUUUAUCUAUGCUUGAAGAAGCUGCUGGGACAAGAAUGUACGAGACAAAGAAAGAGGCUGCUUUGAAAACACUUGAUAAGAAGCAAAAUAAGGUAGAUGAGAUAAAUAAUCUUCUUGACCAAGAGAUACUGCCUGCUCUAGAGAAGUUGAGGAAAGAACGAAUGCAGUAUAUGCAAUGGUCUAAUGGCAAUGCUGACUUAGAUAGGCUUAAGAGGUUUUGCAUAGCUUAUGAAUACGUACAAGCUAAGAAUGUAAGGGAUAAUGCAGUCAGUCAGGUAGAACAAGUGAAGGCAAAUAUUUCUGAGAUUGAUGAUUGCACAAUAAGGAUGCAGUCGGAAAUCAAAGAUUUGGAGACAAAAAUCACAGCUUUGACUGCAGAAAAGGAAGCUAGUAUGGGUGAUGAAGUAAAAGCUUUGACAGAGAAAGUAGAUAUGCUAUCCGAAGAUUUGAUUCGGGAAACGACUAUAUUGGAGAAUAAAGAAGACACUUUCAAGGGUGAAAAGAAAAAUGCUGAAAAGGUGGUUAAUGAUAUAGAAGAUUUAAGGAACUCUGUGGAAGAGAGAGCCUCUGCUGUCAGAAAGGCUGAAGAAGGAGCAUCUGAUCUAAGAAAAUCGGUUGAAAAGCUGUCUAAGGACGUGGAAGAUUAUGAGAAAGAAUAUCAGGGAGUGUUAGCUGGCAAGGGAAGUGGAGAUGAGGAGAAAUGUCUUGAAGAUCAACUAGGCGAUGCUAAGGUAGCUGCUGGGAGCGCUGAAACAGAACUAAAACAAUUGAAAACAAAGAUAAGCCAUUGGGAAAAGGAACUUGAGGAGAAAACUAAGCAAUUAUUGUCGAAGCGUGAAGAAGCUAUUGUUGUGGAGAAUGAGUUAAGUGCUAAAAGAGAAGAUGUAGAAAAUGUCAAGCUUGCGUUGGAGUCUCUCCCAUACAAAGAGGGUCAAUUAGAAGCUUUACAAAAGGAACGUGCAUUUGAACUGGAGAGAGUACAGAAGUUGAAAGAUGAGAUACGCAACCUUUCAGCACAAUUAGCUUGCGUUGAAUUUAAAUACCGUGACCCUGUGCGAAAUUUUAAUAGGUCGAAGGUCAAAGGAGUAGUUGCAAAACUUAUCAAAGUAAAGGAUAGUUCUGCAAUGACUGCCUUAGAGGUCACUGCCGGUGGAAAAAUGUUUAAUAUAGUUGUAGAUGAUGAAAAUACUGGAAAGCAGUUACUUCAGAAUGGUGAUCUUCAGAGGAGAGUAACAAUUAUACCAUUGAACAAGAUACAAUCCAAUCCCAUUCCCCCAAGAAUUCAACAUGCUGCAGCCAAAUUGGUUGGGAAGGAGAAUGCCGAACUUGCACUUUCUUUAGUUGGGUAUGACAAAGAAGUGAAGAGUGCAAUGGAUUAUGUAUUCGGUUCAACCUUUGUUUGCAAAAAUACUGAUGCUGCAAAAGAGGUUGCUUUUAAUAGAGAAAUUCACACCCCUAGUGUUACACUUGAAGGUGACAUUUUUCAGCCGAGUGGUCUAUUGACUGGAGGAAGUCGCAAGGGUGGUGGUCAAUUGUUGAGGCAGCUUCAUGAUUUGGCUAGGAUGGAAGCUGAACUUUCCACACAUCAGAAAAAAUUAUCUGACAUUGAAGCAAAGAUUUCAGAUAUCCUUCCACUGCAAAAAAAAUUUGCGGACUUAAAGGCAAAAUUAGAGCUCAAAACGUAUGAUCUUUCGUUAUUUCAGAAAAGAGCAGAGGAAAAUGUGCAUCAUAAGCUUGGUGAAUCGGUGAAGAGGAUUGAGCAGGAGCUUGAAGAAUCAAAAGCUGCUGCUAAAGGAAAGGAACUUGAGUAUAAAGAUCGUGUGAAUGCUGUUUCAUUGCUUGAAAAAUCAAUCAAAGAACAUGACAAUAAUCGGCAUGGAAGGCUAAAAAAACUCGAGCAAAAGAUUAAGGCAACAAAAUCUAAACUGCAGUCAUGUUUAAAGGAUUUAAAGGGGCAUGAAAAUGAAAGGGAGAAGCUAGUCAUGAAAAUGGAAGCUGUUGUACAAGAGAAGGCAUCAUUAGAGGCUGAAUUAGUUGCUUUGAAAACACAAAUUAACAAUCUAAGCUUGGAAAUAGAAGAACAGAGGGCCAAGGUAUUUUCUAUAAAAAGUAAUAAUGAGCAUGCUCAGUCUGAGCUCAACAAGAUUCGUUUGAAGAUGAAGGAAUGUGAUUCCCAAAUCGGUUGCAUUGUUAGAGAGCAACAAGAACUUCAACAUAAACUCAGUGAAAUGAGUAUUGAGAGGAAGAGAAUGGAAAAUGAGGUAAAACGACUAGAGAUGGAAAAGAAAGAUUGUUCUGUUCGGGUAGACAAAUUGGUUGAAAAACAUGCGUGGAUUGCAUCUGAGAAACAGUUAUUUGGGAAAAGUGGAACUGAUUAUGAUUUUGAAUCACGUGAUCCUCUUAAAGCUACGGAGGAACUUGGAAUACUGGAGGCUCAACAAUCUAGCCUUGAGAAAAGGGUGAACAAGAAAGUAAUGGCAAUGUUUGAGAAAGCAGAGGAUGAGUAUAAUGAUUUGAUGUCAAAGAAAAACAUCAUCGAGAAAGAUAAGUCUAAAAUAAAGAAGGUGAUCGAAGAACUUGAUGAGAAAAAAAAGGAAACCCUGAAAGUUACUUGGGUAAAAGUUAACAGUGACUUUGGUUCCAUCUUUUCUACAUUACUACCUGGGACCACAGCUAAAUUAGAGCCUCCUGAAGGUUGCAGCUUUUUAGAUGGCCUUGAAGUACGAGUGGCAUUUGGUGGUGUUUGGAAGCAGUCAUUAUCAGAAUUAAGUGGAGGUCAACGAUCUUUGUUGGCACUUUCUCUAAUUUUAGCAUUGCUUCUCUUCAAACCAGCUCCACUUUAUAUAUUGGAUGAGGUUGAUGCAGCUCUUGAUCUAAGCCAUACACAAAACAUUGGGAGGAUGAUCAAGGCUCACUUCCCACAUUCCCAGUUUAUCGUGGUUUCACUCAAAGAAGGCAUGUUUAACAAUGCCAAUGUACUUUUUCGGACCAAAUUUGUAGAUGGUGUUUCCACUGUUCAGAGAACAGUUACCGCUAAGCAAAACAAGUGAUCCUCGUAGCUGUACAAGAUGGAAGUAUAAAGCUAUUUGCUCAAAGUUUUUGUGUGCAAAUCCAGCCAGUGAAUGUGAUUACGGAUGUCGAUGUGUAUUGUAUAUGUUAAUCGUUAUGCUAUAUCCAGUUACUUUUGUGUCCUCAUGUGUACAAAACCUUGUAAUUCAAGCGUAACAUCAAAAUUUCUAGUACAAUAUUGGCUCUGGUAUUGACUGAAUUUGUCCUAGGUUAACAUGCAGGAAAAUGUAACCAUAUGUGAUUGAUGUAACAAAGCCCGGGCAGACCAUCAUCGAGCUUGGGCUUGAAAACCCAAGUGGGGCUUUAAAGUGGUUGGAUUGGAAUUGGACUCUCACGUGGGAUGGCCUUUGCGGGAGGCCAAUUGGCGGUUCCCUCUUUCAACGAUGGGAGACGGUGAGAGGGGUGGCUGGUUCAGUUUGGUUCUUUCUCGAGCCGUCUUCACUGGGAACUCUCAAUCCAGUCCUAUCAUUUUUUAGACAGCAAGAGAAAUUUACAUCCUUGAAUGAAUCUUGAGUGUCAAUUGCAAAAAUUGAGCAACUUUGAAUUUGAAUAAAGCAUUUUUCAUCUCUC